CAUCAGACUGCGACUGAAGACUGCCGACGGACGUAGCACGCAGCUGACUCGAAUGUUGCCUGGUACAGCAGGCGCCGGGAUGAAAGCUUUUCAAUCAAGGCUCAUCCAACCACUGUACAUUGUAAUAACAGAACCCAAGCUUUCGGAUCUGAUCAUGAACAAUCACACUUGUUUGAAUGGAUCCGACAACCUCAUCAAUGCAUCCUCAGACCAAAAUCUCAGAACGCUCUCACGUUGGUAUAUGCAUCCGAGUUUUUGACGCCUGUCACACAGCAGCACACAGCAGUACACUGCCUUACACCCUUUUAAAACCUCGAGAUCGUCACUCACCGGCAAACCAUAAACUCACCACAAAUGUGGAACUGGCUCACCAACCCGAACUCGCAUGCGCAACGCAAGUUCGUUGAGCUUAUAUUUGAGCGAACUGGAAAGUACCCCAACUGGGACCCACCGUCGGAGAUUCCAGUUGGGUCAUACGGAUUGAUCGACAAAGACACGGGCAAAUUGAUCCCCCAAGGCUCCAUAUACUCACAUGAUUUCAGACAACGUCUCGUCGACGCAGGUAUCGACCCCGAUUCUAACGAGCAUCAACCCAAAGACUGUCCGGAAGAGUCUGAGUUCACAGCUUGGUCGAAAAAUGUCAGGAGACUCGAAUUGAACGUUGAAUCUCAUGCAGGUGUGCCUGGGAUUGCCGCAGCAAGUAUCAAAGGAACAUGGCAGAUCAAGAAAGGAACUACGGGCGCUGUCUUGCUCAUGAAUAAGCCUCGCAUUAAACACAUCACUCCAAACAUCCUUGGGAAGCUCGCGAACAUCGAGCUCCUUCAGAAUGUGCAUCUCGUUACCAAGGUCUUUUAUUGUCCUGCCUUCUCCUUGUACCUCUCAGAUAAAAGCGGAGAAAAUAUCAGUAUCGCUCUUCUAGCUUCCGCCCCCAUUGUGGCGCCUGUGACCGUUGGUGCGACGGCUUCGAUGAGAUGGUGGAGUAACACACAAGCUGGAUUAUCACGCAAUGGAUGCAAGACGGAGCAUUGCUUCACUCCCUUGUAUGAACUUCAUCAUGUUAGGCACCACCGAAACAGGCGGGCAUCAAUAUCCCCUGAACGCACAGGCGAACAAUUAUGGGUUACCCCUCCCCUCCCGUGGGCGCCUCUCGAUGAGGAUGGCCAAGAGGUGCCGGUAUAUAUCAACGAUACGGAUUCAAGCGACUCUGAGCAAGAAGAAGGUCGCCAAGAACACACCCCCAGCGGAGAACCAUUGGCUGCAAUACCCGAAUACUAACUCGCCUUCCAAGGUACAAAUAUAUUAAGAUGUUUGUGCUGGGAUUCAUGACAAGCUUGCAUCUUAUUUGCAACACCAGCAACCAGCAUUACGACUCUCAUAUGGACUGCACAGAAUACCUCGGAAUACUCACAAUAUCACUAGCCUUCAUAUACAUAUGUACUCUAACCUGUGCCCGCCAUCUCAGAUUCCAUUGCAAUAUUAUGAAGUUCACCCACCUA